GUUUGCAGAAAGUCCCUCCUUUCAGUUUGGUUUAGUUUGACCACGACAACGGCCGGCUGUCCAAAACAUCAGCAGCAGCCCUCCGGUUAGCUUCUGUCCAUCAAUGGCCGAUACUACAGCCAAUACGCAGAUUGACUUAACAUCAAUUUGUGAAAGAAGCCGUGGCAGCAGAGACGUCGAUAACCGGGUACAGGAUGGUCAGACUACAACUUUUGGGAAAGAAGACGGUGAAGAAGGGACGACUCACACGGACUACAUUGCCUUCGUUCUCGUGCCUGUUUUCUUCCUCUUGGGCCUGUUGGGGGUGGUGAUCUGCCACGUGUUGAAGAGCAAGGGCUACCGCUGCACCACUGAGGCCAAUGAUGGGGAGGAGUGUGAGGAGGAGGAGAAGGAUCCUGAGCUGGGCGGAGACAUGAAUGACACCCUCAGUGAAAACAACGACACAGUGGGGCAGAUUGUCCACUACAUCAUGAAAAAUGAAGCAAACUCAGAGGCGCUGAAAGCCAUGGUUCAUGAAACCAGCAUCGACUCUGAUGGUCCUCCGCUCACCCCAACCUCUCCCGGCACCCCCCCGCUGACCCCCAUAUCCCCGGGUGCCCCCCCAGGAGCCCCCAAGCACACCUGCAGCCACCUGCACACCAUCGGGGGCCUCGGGGGCCACAAGAACAUCUGCAACCGCUGCAGCCAGAAGAAGUGGCCGCUGAUGAGGAGGCUGUCGGCGAGGAGGCCGGAGCAGCAGCGGCGCAGCCAAUCAGGAGAGGUCACGGUGCUCGCUGUGGGCAGGUUCCGGGUGACGAAGUGUGAAAAGCCGCCCCGGGAGAGACGGACGCUGCUGAGCACGGACUCCAACGGGAGCCUUCCUGCGUCUCCAACGGAGGCGGAGCCUAGGAGCCGGACCACCUCCGAGUCCCAGCAGGAGGAGAAGGACGACGUGGACAAAGAGAACCGAUAGCAGGAUCCAGGGGAGGAAGAACAUCAGGUCCAAACCCUAAAAAAGAACAAUAAAUCAUCAGCGCUGGGGGGGGGGGCAAGUGGACCAGGGAGUCCCCCCCCCCACAUUCCUGCUCCAUGGGGGGCAAAAGAGCUGCUGAUGGUGGACACAGUGGCAAGAGUGGCCCCAUUUUACAAGGAGAAAAGGGGGUAAGGUGUGUCUAUGUGUGAUACACUUUCCUCUUAAAAAAGAUUUCAAAAUAGUGCCUUGCGCAAGAGCGUCUAAGCAGGGCGGCUGCUUAAUGUCAAGGGACCCUGAAUGAACCCGAUGAACUAAGGUGACUCAAUACGCCGAUCAUGUGUGUUCUUAUGUUGUUGUAAGUGGAGGAAAAUAACGGAUAAGCCCAAAAAAACAGAUACAGCCAUUCCAAGACCUAACUACGGGUCGCCAUUCUCAAACAGGAAGUAGGAGCGACCUCUGAUAGCAUCACAGGAACAGGAAGUAGCCUGUAGAUUAGCAGCGGGUGUGAACAUGACGUGCCUUAUCUUCCAUGCUGUCACUACCCGAUCUGCAGCCCUGCCCUAUCUGCAGUGCGCAUGUGCGAGAUGGUCCGCCAUAUUUGACAA